UCGAUACUAUAGCAUUAACGAGGAGAGUGCAGCAGUGAUUUACUAAGAUGUUACCAGGGAUGAGAGGAUACAUCGAUCCAGAAAGAUUGAACAGUAUUUCUACAGAAAUGACUAUGAUGAGCACUGAAAUGGCAGACUACAGUGAUGAAUACAAUACAAGCUAUGACUAUCCUGAGGAUUCAGGGAUUUGCAACAAAGAUAGCAUCAACAACUUUGCAAAAACCUUCAUGCCUGCCUUCUAUGUACUGCUAUUACUUUUCAGUCUGUUGGGCAAUGGAUUGGUUUUGUGCGUCUUGGUGAAAUAUGAAUAUCUAAGAUCCAUAACAAAUAUAUUCAUUCUUAAUCUGGCAGUUUCGGAUUUACUUUCUGCUUUCUGUCUUCCUUUCUGGACAAUGCACCAUUUAACGGGUUGGAUCUUUGGAGACAUAAUGUGCAAAGUGGUGUGUGCAAUGUUUUACACAGGGUUUUACAGUGGUAUAAUGUUCCUGACACUGAUGACCUUUGACAGAUACCUUGCGGUGGUUCAUGCUGUAUCUGCUCUAAGAUCCAGAAAGGUGCGCUAUGCUGCAAUAACCAGUGUCAUUGUUUGGGGAUCCAGUAUAUUAGCAACAUUGCCCCAUGCUAUCUUUUCCACUCUUACAGAAGAAUCCACUUGUGAUUAUAUCUAUCCAAAAGAAACAGCGCUUCCUUGGAAACUAUUGAGAUACUUUCUGCAAAAUGUGCUCUUCUUUGUCAUUCCAUUUGCUAUCAUUGUUUACUGCUACUUGAGGAUAAUUCAGACUUUAAUAAAGUGCAGAACAAUGCAAAAAUACAGAACGGUGAAACUUAUAUUUAUUAUUGUAGUGGUUUUUUUCUUAUGUUGGGCACCGUAUAAUGUUGUGAUUUUUCUGACAGCUUUGAAGGACCUAAGAAUUUUUAAAACAUGUGAAGUAAUCAAUCAGAUUGAAUAUGCUGACUUCUUCACCCUCAAUAUAGCCUAUUUCCACUGUUGUCUAAAUCCUUUGUUUUAUGCUUUUAUUGGUGCAAAAUUUAGAGGGCAUCUAAUUAACUUAACACACAAAUGCUUCCCACGUGUUGGGAAUUAUAAACAGCAGACACCUGUCAUUAAGGCACACAAUAUGGAUUACUCAGAUGGCUCUACGGGCAAUGACAUAACCAAUAACUGGUAGGGUCAAUUUUUUUUAAAAAAGGCAUGCUUGAGAAUUGUAUUACUUUUCGUGCUUUAUCCUUGCA